UUAUAUUAAUUCUGACCCCGACUCCCAUUCCCCCUCUGUGUCCAGCGAUGAACACCAGUCGCUAUGCGGAGAGCUACCGUAUCCAGACGUAUGCAGAGUAUGUCCAGGGCAGGCAGCAGGUCAGGGAGAGCCAGGGCCAUUCUACCCAGUCCUGGGACGAGGACGGCUGGGUUAAACCGCACUACACCUCCCCCUCUACAGUUGGUGCUGGUCCUACUGGCUACAGCUACGGUCACAACAGGCCGUCGUUGGGGAAACGCUGCGUCAGUCCGAUCCAGGAGGAGCAGCCUACGGAGGAGAGGCUCAGAGAUCACACG